AUGUGCCAGACAUUGGGCUGCCUUCAGGUGUCGGUCCCUACACCUCUCCAAUCGACAGCCGUCGUUCCAGCCCCUCCGGCAGUGGUCAUCGUACGACAAACAGCCGACAAGCGAGAGGAUCUCUCGGGUGCUACACUAGCGCCCGCUAUAUCUCCAACCUUCGGGUCCUACCGAGAUGACCCCCUCCUUCAUAUGCCCAAGAUCCCGUCCGCCACCAGCCGCCACGGCGGGGCCUGGCGAGCCAUCAUCCCCAUCCAAAUUCCCCAAAACAGUCCCAUCCUCUCGUCCCUGCGCUACAUCAUCAAGUACAGCUCCACCUUCGAUGCCGGGAACGCAACGGUCCAGGUGGAUGUCGUCCUGAGCACCGAGAAGCUGAAGCACGGCGUCACCGUGAUGGGAGAUGCCGCCUUCGCAGCGCACAAGCUGUACCGACACUCGGGGGAUGGGCAUGCCCCGUUUUUCGUCAACGAGACAACUGGGGUGUCGCUUCUGACAGUGUCUGCGGUGAAGUGCAACGGCGGGGGCGCUCAGUGGAGCCAUUUCAUCGAUGGCCACGAGAUACACCCGAACGUCCGUCUCGUCGGUGGCCGGUGGCAUUUGUACUUGGUCUUCAACGCUGCUGAGUAUUCAACAAAAGAUACGGAGAGGUUCUUGGUCGCUGAUGCCAUGGCCUCGUGGAGUGAAGAUACGGUAGCGAGGAAGGUGGUGGAUAAAAUUGGGAUUGUUGGUGCUCAAGGAGCCCAGGCCACUCCCCAAGCGAGAGAGCCCAGGCAAGCAAUGGAUUCCAAAGGACAGAAAGCCAUGAAAGGCGAAGAUCAGGGCCGUGGUGAUGACAAAACAAAACAAACCGAGAAUGGUGAUGUACCGAUACAUAAGGAAGACGGCGGGCACGAGACACAGAGCACUGAGACGAAGGGUACCAGAGAGGAAGAUGAUGUGGAGCAGAGGGUUGAGAGGGAGGAUGGGAUCAAGCAGAAUCAUGAAGACGAGACGGAUGAUAGGGGCCAGGUGCAUGUCGAUGCUGAUGCAAAGGACCGUGACAAUGAUACGCCUGAAGUGCAGGUCACUGACGAUGGAGAAAAGGACCCUGAAGACGCAGAGCAGCGUCAGUUAGCGGCGACGGGCGAAAAUGGUGACGAGGGAACCGCAAAGGGCCCACAACCGGAUGACCAGGACCCGCAAGACGCGGAUUGCGAAGACAAAGAGUGCAGGCGAUGCCGUGGGAGCGGCAAGGAACCGAAAAGUGUAAAAGUCAACGCCUGCAGUUUGAUACGUAGUCCGGUUGGCUCCCCAUUUGCCUAA